AUGACCAAAAGAUCUCAAUCGGAACAAGAACUUUUCUCUUUAGAUUCAGAAAUUUACCAGAACAAAGCUUCAAGUUCAAAGAGAGUACGUUUUUCAGGAAAUGCUGCUGAAAAGAAUGAAUACAAUUGGGAGGAGGAAGAAGAAAUUGAAUUUAAUCAUGAAGAAUCGUUGGAAAAAGUUAAAAGACGUCGCGGUGGUAUAAAAUUAGAAGGUUAUGAAACAGAUUCGGAUGAAGACGUUAGUGCAGAAUUAUAUAAUAGACGUAAAGGCAAGGGAAAAGCAACUAAUGUUGACGAUGAUAUGGAUGAUAUGUUUGCAGAUGAUGAAACUUCGAGUUCCAAAAAGCAAUCAGAAUUUGAUUUUAGUGGAAAGGAUGGACCAGAUUUAGAGUUUGAUGAAAUCGACGGUCAGGAUUUUACAUCUCAUGAUGCUUAUGAUGAUGAAAGUGGUGAACCGAUCAUAGAGGCUUUUAACUUGAAAAGUGAAUUAGAGGAAGGAAGAUUUGAUGAAGCGGGAAAUUAUAUUCCACACAAAGAUCCAAACGCUUUUCAUGACCUUUGGCUUGAAGGAGUCUCAAGGGUGGAUAUUGAAAAAGCAAGAAUUGCUCAUGAAAAACAAGAAAAAGAAAGAAAACUUAAGGAAGCACGAGAAGAUUCAAAUAUGCCUAUGGAUCGGGUUGAAAUUUGUAAAGAACUUUUGUCCAUAAUGAAACGUGGAGAAAUUUUAUCAGAUACAUUACAAAGAUUAGGAGGAGCUAAUACCUGGGAACAAAUUUUAAGAAAAUUAAAGAGGGAAGGAUCCUGGACAGAUGAUUCAGGUGGGGAUGUUAAUGAAAUUUAUGGCCCAUUUUCAGGAGAGGAUAUGAAAGCUUGGAAAGAUCAAGGAUAUUUUGUUAAUGGAGUAAUGGUACGCAAAGUAGGAUCAGGGAAUGAAUUUGUUAGUGUAACGGAAAUUGAUUUUUAG